CCCGGCUGACAGUCGCGCUCGGGCGGCGGCAGCGGCAGCCCCGGGCAGCCCCGCGGGACGGCACCGGAGCGCAGCGGCGCCGGGGCCGCAGGAUGAGCCCGCCGUGCUUCCUGCGCUCGCUGCUGCUCAUCGUCCUGGCCGCCUUCUCGGCCAACGCCAGCAACUGGCUGUACCUGGCCAAGCUGUCUUCCGUGGGGAGUAUUUCGGAGGAAGAGACCUGUGAAAAGCUGAAAGGGUUGAUCCAGCGCCAGGUGCAGAUGUGCAAGAGAAACCUAGAGGUGAUGGACUCGGUGCGCCGGGGAGCGCAGCUGGCCAUCGAAGAGUGCCAGUUCCAGUUCCGCAACCGGCGCUGGAACUGCUCCACGCUGGAUGCCCUGCCCGUCUUUGGCAAGGUGGUCACGCAAGGGACGCGGGAAGCAGCUUUUGUGUAUGCCAUCUCCUCCGCAGGCGUGGCCUUCGCGGUGACUCGCGCUUGCAGCAGCGGAGAGCUGGACAAGUGCGGCUGUGACCGGACUGUGCACGGCGGCAGUGCCCAGGGCUUCCAGUGGUCGGGCUGCUCUGAUAACAUUGCCUACGGAGUGGCCUUCUCGCAGUCCUUUGUCGACGUCAGGGAGAGGAGCAAAGGGGCCUCCUCCAACCGAGCUCUCAUGAACCUGCACAACAACGAGGCUGGGAGGAAGGCGAUCCUGAACAACAUGCGGGUGGAGUGCAAGUGUCACGGCGUCUCCGGCUCGUGCGAGUUUAAGACGUGCUGGAAAGCGAUGCCUCCCUUCCGCAAAGUGGGCAACGUGCUGAAGGAGAAAUUCGACGGGGCCACCGAAGUGGAGCAGAGCGAGAUCGGCUCCACCAAGGUCCUGGUUCCCAAGAACUCCCAGUUCAAGCCACACACUGACGAGGAUCUCGUGUACCUGGACUCCAGCCCCGACUUCUGUGACCACGACCUGAAGAACGGGGUGCUGGGCACCAGCGGCCGCCAGUGCAACAAGACUUCCAAGGCCAUCGACGGCUGCGAGCUGAUGUGCUGCGGGAGGGGCUUUCACACAGACGAGGUGGAGGUGGUGGAGAGGUGCAGCUGCAAGUUCCACUGGUGCUGCUUUGUGAAAUGCAAACAGUGCCACCGGGUGGUAGAAAUGCACACGUGCCGGUGACCCGGCCCGGCUGCCCUCCGCCACUCGCCCCCUCUCCCCUGCCUGUUGCCCCCGGACUGGAAACAGGGAUGCAGAGACUGCCAGGAGAGGGCUGCUCUUCAGAGAGACAGAGCGCAAGAGGAAAACAGAUUUUUAAAGAAAAAAAUAUUUAAAGUUUCCAAAAAGUCCUUGUUGUAUUUUUGUUUGUCUGCUUUAUUUAUUGCUGAAGCCAGAGCCUGUCCUUCUGGACGGCAUGUGCUGGAAGGGACACGUGUGCUCUGGAUGCUGCUGCUGGGCUGGGGACAGGACAGGGACCCUCACGGCACCUGUCCCCAACUCCGUGUCUCGUCAGACGAGUUCCCACCGACUGGCCACAGAGCACUUCGACCUGCCUCUAUCUGACAUGGAAAGCACACCUAGUGUUAGGCACUUUUUAUCCUGGCAUUUUACACUGCAGCAACUUCCGCUUGUUCCAGCCCGAGCCCUCCAAGUCCUGGCUGGAGAUGGGCUCGGUCUGCGCAGCGUGCCUCCGGGGGCAGAGCCACAUCCGCAGAAGGCCUCGGCCAGCCCUGGGUGUUGAACCCUGCGUACCAGAGAUGUGUGGAGAAGUCAAAGUGUUGGGUGAAGGGACAAAGCUGCGUGGUUCUGCCUUCCCUGAGUCUCUUCCUUUUGCCCUCGGGUAGGAGUCUCUCCUGGGGUCUGAGCCGGGCAGGGGAAGACAGGCUGUCCGUCGCGCGGGGAAGAAAUUAGACCUGCUUGCAUGGCAGCCUGCCCCCGGGGCCCUGCUCCCCCCAGCCUGCUGCUGCUGUCUGCAAGAAGCAGAAAGGAGGGCCGUGCCCAGCCUUUGCAAAACGCCUUCUCCGCAGCGGGGCUGCGCCCUCGCCCCUCUGCCCACUGCCUGAUGGCCUGUGCCGACUUGUGCAGUUGAUCUCCAGCCAGGUCUGCUCUCCUGGGGGCUUAUGUGAUGCGGAGAGCACUCUGGGGCUGCGAUGGGUAUCUUCCUACUGAUGAAUUAAGAGAAGAAAAGGUCAUGGUGUCCUUCAGCAGAUCUAUUCCUUGCUUUUCCUAACAGCCCACCGUGGCUGCCGGCCCACACCACCCUGGCAUGCACUACCCUGGUCCCUCCUGCACCUUCUGCUAGCGCUGGGCUCUGGCCCCAUCCUGCACUGUCUGCUUCUUCUCCACACUCACCUUCACCUUGGGGGGGGCAGUGUCCUUAGCACUGCUGGUCUCCUCUCUGCAUCUGCUGCAGGAGCCAAUUCCUCCUCGCCCCCAGUCCCUGGGACCUGGUAGGGAACGCGGGGCAGGUGGCGUUUCGGAGGCCAGUUGUCUGCAGAGGUGGUUCGUAGGCACCUUUGUGUCUCUGGGCUGCUGCCCCAAAGUUUGGAGCAAGUUUAGGGCAGCUUGAAUUCACAGGCGUUUCCAGCAAGAGAACGGACAAUGUGUCCCUGCAGCGCUGCCCCCCUCGCCCCGCAAGGGCCUGUCCCUGGAUGGUUUCUCCAGCACCUCCCCAGGCCAGGACCUCUCCGCAUCCCGCCCUGCCAGCGCUGCGCUGCGGGUCUGCUCUGCUGCCCUUUCCAUCUGACACCGCGGCAUCAUCGCGGGGCCCCAGCUGAAGAAGGAAUUAGACUCUAGCCCUUGGACAAGCUUUCACAAAAGAUCUCUUCUGGUUUUUUCCAUUUUCCACCCCCCCCCCGGGACACAAGACCUUGUGCACCCAUUGAUGCUGUAGCCUGAACAUGAGCUAUUAUUGUAAGCAACCGUCCCCCCACCUCCGACCCCAGUGGCCUGGAGACCGGACCUGUCCCUUUGCCCUGCCUGUCCGUGCUUCCCGAGGGGCUGGUUCCCCACCGCCUGCCCUGUGCCUCUGACACUGUCUGCGGGAAGAGAAACCUAGUGCCGCUGAUGUGUCCCAAACCCCCUCCGUUCUCUGCUGCUGGGCCUUAAGGAGCACAGUGACUUUUCAUGGGGGGAGCAAGAAGCAGCCGUGAGGCACAAGUGCCGGAUACUUGUCCGUGCAGUCCCACCGUUGCCAUCCCGCGCGCAGGCAGCUGGAGCUGAGGAGGGAGGAAAGGGAAAGGUAUUGGGGCCUUUUCACUGGCAAUGGCUCCUGCACAGUCACCAUAAGGAAAUUAAGAUCCCAAACAGGCCGUGUGGCUCGGCUCUCCGGGCAGUGACCUGAAUGCCCCCUCUCCCCACGGCCUCCGCCGCACGUGCACGCUGGAAACGAUGCUGGGAGGUUGUGCUCGGUUACCAAAACCCUCCUGCCGGGGCCGGGCCUGGCCGGGCGCGGGCGCGGGCUGCUGGCAUUGCGAGAACUAAUAAGCAACGAGGCGCAGGGAGAGGAAGUGGAAGUGGAGCCGUUUCUCUGUCUCACCCAUUCACCUGCACGGUGACAAGGCUGAAGAAGAACCCAAGGGGCAGGUUUGUCCCCAGAACCGUAGCUCCAGGCGAGAGGGACUCUACUGUCGACCUGGGGCCCAUCGCUCACUAGCAGCCCCUCUCCUGCUGGCUCGGCGUCGGUGCCACCCCUCCGUUUAAUCGCGGCCAGACACAGACAGCAUUUGUCUCUGCCCAGAAAGAUCCUCUCCUCUCCCGCAUGCCCUUGGAUCCACUCCCCUUAGGCUUGGGAUAGAGGUUUCGCAGCUGCAUGCGCACGGACCCUAGGCCUGGUUUUUCCCCUUCUUCCUUUUCAAAUGGGAGGCGAGGGGAAAGGUUAGGCGAACAUGCAGACAUACAUUAAAUCCCGUCUGUGCUGUGGCAGUGAUGGGACGGGGGAGAGCCUGUGGUCGUUGGAAGGUCUCCAGACAGCGUCCGGCUGGAACUUUUCUGACGACGGAGGCGAUGAUGCAGCGGCAGAUGCUCCUCCGGGGGCCGAGCUGCGUGCCCCGAGCGGGUGAGACUUCCACGUUCCCUGCCGCAUUGCGCGGGGCACAAGCGCUUCCUCGGAGCCAGGCGGCCGAGCGGGGCAGAAGGACGUGCCUCCCCUGCGGCCUCCUGCUCUGCCUCGCACUAGCGGUGUGUCCCAGCUUUGCUGAGCACCAGUGACCCCAGAUCCAUCCCGCCGUGCACCAGCACUUGCAAAGGAAGAAGGACCCUCAGCUGCUGGGCUGAGCCCCCGUCCCCGUGUGCCGCGACUUUUCUUGCACCAGUUUAUUCUUUCUGGCCUCAGCACGAGCUGUGAUCUCGAGCAGUCCCAGCAUGGGGGGGCUGAUGUCUGUCUCUCCCUGCUUUGGGUCACCUUGGCUCCGGUACUGCCUCAGGCACCCGGGCUCAAACCCCCAUGUCAAGCUGCUGCUGCCCGUCUCUCGACCCCGGUGUGUUAAAGCUGCACGUUCUCAAGUGCCUUGAAGAUCCUUUCUCCUCUUUCCCAGCCCAUGCAGUGGGGGCCGCCGACCUCAGGACGUGGGCCAAGUUCUCUGCUCAUUGUCCAUCUAGGAUGAGGGCCAGAGCCGAACAAGACAAUCCAGAUCAGUGUGGAGAUAAUCUCUGUGCAUGGGAUUUUUUCAAGCUGCAAUGAAAGCUGAUCCCUGUAAAUGUCACCCCGCGAUGCCCCGCUCCGCAGCGCUCUGGCUCUUCUCACAACUGUAAAUUUCAGCACCAGAAAAAAAAAGCCUUUUUCCUAUUUACUUUGCAUUAAAUAAUGACUUUGUGCUAAA